GAAAAUCGAAUAAUUCAGAUUUGGAAGAAUUAAAAUUUAAAAUCGAGAGAGAGGCAUUUCAGGAUAUAAUUAUACUUGAUGAUGAUGAAAAUUUGAAUGAUGGAAAAACUUAUUAUUAUUUUAAAUGGGUGACGGAAAAUUUAAUUAAAUCAGAAAAUAAUAGCAUGAAAGAAUACGAUUACAUUGUAAAAACUGAUGAUGACUCGUUUAUAAAUCUUAAAAAUCUAGCAUUAAACCUACGUCCUUUCCCUCAAUACACAGAGAACCUUUAUUAUGGACAUAUGAUAACCAUAAACUCUGGAUCAGAAUUAAAACAGUAUGCAACUGGGAUGAUUGCAGUUUUAUCAACAAGAUAUGCCAAAACUAUAGGAAAUUUGAAGUUUUCAAAAAAAAUUUUAAAAAACCAUGCAGAAGAUGUGUGGCUCGCUUGGGCAUUAAUGGUUAAUGGAAUGAAUGACAAUUGGAUUAGUGAACGAUGUUUGAUAUAUGAUGAUCCUAGACUGAUAAGAUAUGAACCAAGUAAAGGUAAAUCAAUAUUUCCUCAAACAGUGACCAUUCACAAUUUGAAAGAAGACUGGAAAUGGAAUGACAUAAUUGAAUAUUUUUAUAGUGUUGAAAACUAG